AUGUCAUCAGUUGUGGAUCAAUAUUUGGCAGUCCUGAAUGCUCACCCUCUUAAGACUAAAAUGGUCACACAAGGCCUCCAGAUGUUACUAGCAGAUCUGAUAUCUCAGCAAGUGUCUGGGAACAAGAAAAUUAAUCUGAACAGUCUAUUCAAAAUGACCUUCUGGGGAGUCGCUAUUAGUGCUCCUGUAGGACAUUACUAUUAUGCACACUUUUUAACACAGUCUUUUAACUAUCCUGGUGCUAAAGGAAUUAUUGCCAAGCUGUUGUUUGACCAACUGGUGUUCGCACCCAUUAUCUGUUAUGUCUUCUUGAACUAUAUGAAUGGGUUCAAGCUGAAAGAAUCAUUGAAGAAACUUCCAAAAUUGAUGCUAGCAAAUUGGAAAUUAUGGCCAAUGUGUACCAUUCUGCAGUUACUUUUCUUCGGAGUGCACACAGCAACUAUUUUUGGAGUCUUUGUUGGUUUCAUUUGGGGGUUGUAUUUGACUUUCACUGAGAAUAAAAAGCAGAACCAAGGGAAAUCUAAUAAACAGGAUACUGAUAAUAAAGUUUAAUUUUGAAAAAUCCU